GUUAUUUCUCCAUCUAUUUUCUAAGAAGAUAAUUAUAACUUUCCCUCACCAUGGCGGACGCCAAACCGCCCCCCACCCCAUCCGAGCCACCCGCGGCUGCCACUUCCCCGACUCCGAAACCAAAUGUGUCCCCGUCCUCGUCUGCUGCUGGCUACAAGGUGCCGGAGAGGAAUCCCGCAUUCCGUAUGCUCGGCCUCCCGAGUCUCCCGCGCAAACUCCCAUCACGAAAUUGGAUCAUCUUCUUCACUCUGACCGGCGCCCUCUCCGCCGCCAUCAUCUACGACAAACGCGAGAAAAAGCGUGCCACGGCACGGUGGGCCCGCGCCGUUGCCCCUCUGGCCAGCGAGCCGGUGCCGAACCCAUCUCAGCUUCCCCGUAAGCUCACCAUCAUCUUAUCCGCACCGCCAGGCGAAGGUGUCCGCGUAGCGCAGGACCAUUUCCUGGAAUACGUCAAGCCCGUGCUCGCCGCGUCGGGCCUCGACUGGGACUUCGUCCAAGGCCGUGCCCAGGGCGACGUCCGCGCCGCCGUAGCCGAACGGAUCCGCCGCCGCCGCCGACUCGACGAGAAGCCAGACGAGCUGCUCGAGCCUACCGAGGAAGCCAUCCGCGAGGAAGUGCGCAGGAGGAAUCAGAUCCCCGAGUACACCGGCGAGGCGGGUGACAUUGUCAUCGGCCGCAACACGUGGAAGGAGUACAUUCGCGGCCUGCAUGAGGGCUGGUUGGGUCCCCUCGAUCUGCCACCACACCUGCAGCCACCACCGCCACCACCGCCACCAUCGUCCGAAAACGAGGACAAAAAGAAAGAGGACGAGGAAAAGGAAAAGGAAAAGGAAAAGGAAAAGGAGAAGAAGCCCGAAAGGCCCCCUCAGCCGCUCCCCCAUAACACCACUGACGAAUACCCCGACUCCCCGCUGCCCCGUGCCAUCCCGGGCCGCUUCGCCCCCUCGUCGCCCGUGCAGUUCCCCCACAUUCUCGGCUUCCUCAACACCCCUACUCGCCUUGCCCGGUUCCUGAACCGCCGCGCCCUCGCCGACGACAUUGGCCGCCAAGUAGCCUCCGCCUGUUUCGCCGCGAACCGCGAGUGGCGCGAGGAGGCCGAAGCCGAAGCCGCCGCCUCCAACGACCACCGACCUGCGCGUCGAGAGCAGGAACUCGCCCUGGAAUGGGAGGAGAAGAACUGGAUCAAGAGCGUGUGGAAGGCGGAAGCGGACGACGAGGACGACGACGAGGAGCACAAGAAGGCCGGCAAGCUGCCCAUGGAGAAGGUGUGGACGAACCCGAUGGUCCUGGAUCCGCGCAUCGCUUCGCGUAUGCGGCGCUUCGAGAUGCGUCCCGAGGACGAGCAGCGGGCCCGGGCUAUUGUCGUCCCGGAGGAAGAGGUCGAAGGAUGGAUCAAGGGGAAUCUCCGAUCGCUGUAUCGCUGGGGCGCUGAGGCUUGGGACGGAAAGCCCAAAGGCCCCAACGUUGGCAACAUUGACGACGUGGUUGUUUGAGGACAACUUACUGCGUCGGCUUCUUCCCGGUCCGAACCGAUGGAUCUUCAUCCCGCUGCACUCUUGUAGAACAUUCAUUUCUUUCCCCUUGCUAGAUAUGGUCUUCCAUGACGAUGGCACCCAAAUUUUGUACUAGUAGUUACCGACGGUUUUCUGGGGGUGGGGGGUGAGACCCAAUAACAUAGACACGCUACCUUGCCUUGUUAGAACAGCAAUUGGCUUUGCCCGGAGGGCGAAAUACAUGUACUCCUAUU